AUGAAGGCCUUUACUAGUCUCUUUGCCAUUGCUUCUCUCAGCGCCAUUGCCAUGGCUGCCCCUGUCGAUGAUGCUGAGCCCGUACUCGCCGUCAGAGAUGGCGUUGAGCUCAUUGCCCGCAAUGAAAUCAACGCCCGUGGCUACGGGUGCCCUUGGAGCACGUCUCAAUGCUCAUUCCACUGCCGCAACGACGUCGUCAAGAAAUGCAGCAACGGCAGAACUAUCAAGCCUACCGGCGGCAGCUGUGGCGGGAGUGGCUGGGCAACCUGCGUCUGUGUCUAUAGCGAGAACUGCUAA